GAGACCGGUGGGGGGUAGACGGGGACGACUACACCGAGCAAGGCAAGAUGAGUUGGCUGCAAUCCAGCAUUAGGAGGUGAAUCGGAAGGCGAGGUAGAAUCAAAGCGACUGCACAGUACUCGCAGCGGAGAGAUCGUUGCAAAGGCGAGGUGGACGGUUUGUCUACACACACACAUACAGGAAGGAGAUGGCUAAAAAUUCUCCGGAUGGGUCCAAGGAAGACUUGUCGAAGAUAGCGGACGAGGAGCUGGUGAAAUGGGGGAAAGUGGAGCUGGUGAGGAGGCUCCGACGGACGGAGGCGGAGAGGAUGAGCCUGAUGCUGGAACACGGCAACCUGAUGAAGGAGGUGAACCGGCGGCUGCAGCUUCACCUGCAGGAGAUCCGAGGUCUGAAGGACGUGAACCAGCGGCUGCAGGACGACAACUCCGAGCUGCGGGAACUCUGCUGCUUCCUGGACGACGACAGGCAGAAGGGCAAGAAGUUGUGCCGGGAGUGGCAGAGGUUCGGCCGCUUCGCCGCCGGGUUGCUGUGGAGAGAGGUCGGGGGCUACCAGCAGAAGCUGGGCGAGCUGGAGAGCAGGCAGGACGCGCUGCUGGGCGAGAACCUGGAGCUGAAGGAGAUCGCCCUGAUGCUGGACGAGGAGCGCAGCGGGGCGGGCAGCCGCAGCUCCAUCGACAGCCAGACCAGCCUGAGCAACCUCAACGGCGGCUCCGGCCCCAGAGACUUGGGCGACGGCAGCAGCACCUCCAGCGCCGGCAGCCCCGACCACCACCACCCGCCCAGAGCGGCCGACAAGCCGGCUCCUCCGCUCAAGAGCUCAAGCGACGACCUCACGAUUCCACCACAUCACCACAGGAGCAUCCCCAACGGGCUGAAUGAUUCUGCUUCAGUCUACGUCAGACAACUGGAAAACAAAGUCAAGUUUCUGGAAGAUAACAAGAUCUUAUCACAGGACUGUCCUCCAGAGCGCAGCAUCUUCCGCUCUGGUUUAAGCUCGGGGAGAUCUAUCAGACCAUCCUAUGUGAUCAAGCAGUCAAGUGCCGGUGAUCUGAAGGCUCUCCGUAAGGCCUACCCUGCACCGCACAAGCCCGACUCUCCACAUUCUUCACCGUUGCCACCGCCAUUUCAGGAGCCCACACAAAACGGCGCUCCACGGCUGGUGACUCUAGACCCCAACAAUCCAGUGCUGCUGCCUGGGCUCCUCCCCAGUGCCCAAAAGCCUGAGGCUGUAGUACAUGCAAUGAAGGUCCUGGAAGUCCAUGACAACCUGGAUAGGCAGUUGCCAGAAGACUGUGAUCAUGAUGACCUAAGUGAGAAGGAGAAAGCCAUUGUUCGCGAAAUGUGUAACGUGGUUUGGCGUAAGCUUGGAGAUGCAGCCGGAUCGAACCCGUCCAUCAGGCAACAUCUCUCGGGCAAUCAGUUCAAGGGACCUUUGUAGUGCUGUUGCCCCUGGAGGCCUGGAAGCCUGGAGGCCAACAGCCUGCUCCAAGAAGCACAUUCAUUGCAUCAGUACACGUGAACAAACCAGGACCUCAGAGAAGUGUAACCCCGGCCUUUGACCCACCGUGGCCCUCUCCACUAACCUGUACAUGAAGAACGGUGACACUGUGCUGGGGACUGCUGCAAACUGACUGACCACAGUGUAAAUUACUCAUUUUCGUGAUGGCUGACUGUACACACAACACUUGUAAGGUGUACCACACCACAUUGUGCAGUCACAUGCAUUGAUGUGAUGGAGAUUGAGUGGUGAGAUGCAUCUGAAAGGAUUGAUUGGUGUGUAAUCUUGAACCACCUUCCCAUCGCCGCUCCCUGACUGACCCAUCCACGUGGAUGAUCGAUAAGACCGCAUCAUAAGCAGGCUCCUUUGAGUGCGUUGUCUCUUCAUUAAAUUCCUAGGUUGGACAGGUUGCAAGCUGCAAGGUCCCAGUAAGAUGAAUGGAUCCAUGAAUUCUUCAGUGAGAUCAAGGUGAAAGAUGAAGCCACUUUCCCAAGUACAGGAAAACCCGGCCCACAAGUACAUUGGCCUCCCAUUGUGUAGAUGUACAGUUAUGGCUGUGUGAACCUACAGCUAGUCCUGGAAUAACAAUGAUAUUGACUCGUAUGGGUCUAACACAAGAGACAAGGCCUCCUCCCUUGUUGAAAAGUAUGGCCGAUAAAAGUAUAGUUUUUUAAGGAAUAGAAGUUUAAAGGGACAGUAUUCUUUUCUUCUGAUGGUAUUUCUUGCUGACGUUAGUCUGUGCAGAGUGUCCUCUGUCUGCGGUAGGAAAGUAUCCGCUGAUCGCCAAGCUGCUCCAUCUCGGAGAAGUGGGUCAAAACCCACGUGUUAUUUCUGGAAUGGAUGUGGAUGUGAAACAGAUGAAGGAAGAUGAUGGAACACAACUUGUGGCCCCGUAAAAUCAGCUUUGAAAGUGACCAAACCCACCGGUAAAGCUCGUGGCAGAAGUCGUGCAACGUCUGCCUCCACCCUUGCCCGCCCGCUGCCACGUUCCAAGCCCAGCCUGACUCCCGCACGGAACACUGCCUCUUCAACAGACGGAAAUGGUUGUGGUCGAGCGGUAACGUCGGAGGCUGCGGGGGUGAAAGUGGCACGGUGCCAAUCACGCCAUGCACGAGCGACUCACUUCAGCUCAAGUGCUAAACCAUUGGCAAAUGCUAGCGACCAGGUUAUUGAUGAGUGUCGUGUGCAAUUUCAGGAAUUUUCCAAGUCGGGUUGAAAUAAGAAUUCACACAAGAGAUAAUCUGUCAACUCACGACGAACGAGGUUGUUUUCAUAACAUUGGGAGGAAAGGAUUAUUGAGCUUGGGGUAUCUUCAGAUCCCAGUGUGUCACUGCAUGGAAAGGUCUAUAGCCAACAAUUAACCCCCACAUGGGUCAUUCUUUUCCUCUCCCCUCGCCCAGUGCUCUGUUCACUUUCAUAUUGAGCAUAUUAUUAUCUGGUAACCAAAUUUGUGAAUGAGUUAUAGAGACACAGAGCAUGGAAACAGGCCCUUCGGCCCUGCUCAUGCGUGCCAACCAAGACUCCUAGUCUCAUUUGCCUGUGUUUGUCCACUAUUCUCCUAAGCCUCUCCUGUCCAUGUCCCCGUCCAAAUGUCUUUUAAAUGUUGUCAUUGUACCUGCCUCAACCAUUUUGAAAUUCCCGAUAUUCUCACUUACAUUAGCGAGGGAAACUAUAGUUGUGUGCACUGAAGAUUUGUAUAAAGAACGCAAGGUGAUUCCUCAGUCUUUCACGUACAGCCCAGUAUUAUGGUGUUCAAAGGUCUUAGAGUCACAAUGCGUACAGCAACGUCCAAGAAAGGGUAAUCAGAUAAAUCAUGAUGUUACCUGUUUUGACGAUAUGGCUAAAAUAGAAAUGUUAGUUGGGAUUUCUGCCGGCACUUCAGAUAGUGCCAUGGGAUAUUUAGCCCCAGUGCACACCUCAUUGUAACCUUGUCUGAUGAAGGGUCUCCCAUUCCUUCUCUCCAGAGAUGCUGCCUGUCCCGCUGAGUUACUCCAGCAUUUUGUGUCUAUCAUCAGAACAAUGUUUCUUUAGUCCAUUGAGACACGGUAUCUCAAUGUGUAGGCAAGAACCAGAUGCCGGUUUAAACCAAAGAUAGUCACAAAAAAGCUGGAGUAACUCAGCGGGUCAAACAGCAGGUCUGGAGAAAAGGAAUAGGUGGCAUUUCGGGUUGAGACUCUUCUUCAGACCUGACCCGAAACGUCACUUAUUCCUUUUUUCCAGAGAUGCUGUCAGACCCGCUGAGUUACUCCAGCGCUUUGUGUAUAUCACAGGUUAUCUCUAGACAAGGCUCACGAAACGACUACUCACAUUCAUGUAGUAUCUUUAAAGCUGUAGAAUAUGAUCAGCAAAUAUUGAUUGGGCCAAAGCAGAUGGGAAUAGGAGAGUUUCUAUAAAAAAGGAAACUUUUAAAAGAGUUUGGCAAGAGGUAAGAAGUUUGAGAGGGAGUGGGUUCCAGAGUUUGGUGCUUGGACAGCCCUUGUUCAGCUGAAGGAAACAGGGACUGAGUGAGGGACAAGGAGAUCUCACACGACUGCGGUGAUUUAACAAGGUGGCUCGCCACCACAUUCGGAAGUGGGCAGUAAAUAAUUGUCUUCCCAGAGAUGCCCACACUAUAAAAGUAAAUGGCUUUCUAACAUGCCAUCGCCGAGCUGUGCCAACUCUGUGGAAUGAUUUUCAUUCAAAAUUACACAAUGCAGUGGGUGGGGACUGCAAAGAUUGUUGCGAAUUUGCUACGGAUUCUCAUCUCCGCCAACUAAUCCAUUGUUCACUCUUGCAGCGGGCUGAAGAUUUGCUUAACAUUUGACGAAUCAAUCUUUAUCAAAUUCCCCCUUCCUUGCUCCCUCCCUCCCCCCAAACUAAUCUCACCGCCCUGACCUCAGGCAUCAAGAGCUAAAUAAACAUUUAGAUUUGCCUUAUCUAACCUGCUUUAUAUAUUAGUGUUGUACCCAGGCAACACAUGUCCAUUGACAGAUUGAAUCUGUCUCUGCCGCUGCCUGGUUUGAUUGUGUAGGCACUUGACUGCCAAUCCCAAGUGAUUUGUGGUUGGGAGAAUGUUUAUUUUGCUGGCUUUGAUUUCCCCGCGCCAGGAGUCAAUGUAUCUCCAGUGAAAUCUGACCCGGGUAAGUCUGAGAUAAGAAGCUGAAGCAAAUUGGCAGAGAAAUGUGUAUCUCCACUUAAUUUAGAGUAUGAUUUGGGAUUCUACCGUGAAUCAAAUCGUUCCAUAAAGAGGCCCUUCGCCAGUUCCAAAUUACAGUCGGAUCAUAAGGGUUGCACGAUGACACAGCGGUAGAGUGGCUGCCUUACAGCGCCAGAGACCCGGCCUCGAUCCUGACUACAGAUGCUGUCUGUACGGAGUUUGUACGUUCUCCCCGUGACUGCGUGGGUUUUCUCCGGGAGCUCCGGUUUCCUCCCACACUCCAACGACGUGCAGGUAUAUAGGUUAAUUGGCUUGGUAAAAUUAUGAAUUGACCCCAGUGUGUAGGAUAGUGUUAGUGUUUAGGGAUCGCUGGGCGGCACCGACCCAGUGGGCCAAAGGGCCUGUUUCUACGCUGUAUCUCUAAAGUCUAAGGUAGACACAAAAUGUUGGAGUAACUCAGCGAGACAGGCAGCAUCUCUGGAGAGAAGGAGUGGGUGACGUUUUGGGUCGAGACCCUUCUUGAGACUCAAUCUGUAUCAACCUGUAGAUGGGUCUCGACCCGAAACGUCACCCAUUCCUUCUCUCCAGAGAUGCUGCCUGUCCCGCUGAGUCACUCCAGCAUUUUGCGUCUGCCUUUGAUUUAAACCAGUGUCUGCAGUUCUUUCCUACACAUCUCUAAAGUCCAAAUCAUAAUAUUUAUACCCUGAGUUUUAUUCUGCACGAGAGCUACAAUGAGGUUGACCUAAAGUAUACUGCAAAUAAAUUUGGUGUGAAUUGGGCUGGAGAACGAUAGCAGCCAAAGUUUGAUCUGUUGGUUAUCACAAGGUAAAGAUGUCACAUUCAUUCAUCAUAUGCAGCGAGGGUGGAAUUAGUAUGUGCGUGAGAGAGAUCACUGCAGUCGUCUUGCUGACUGCAUCCUAAGUGAUGAAAUGUCAUUUAAAAGGCAGCACCGUGGCAUAGACGUGAGCAUUGGUGACACACCGCUCCUGGAUUUGAUCCUGACCUUGUAUGCUUUUAUGUGGGGUGUCUCCCUGUCACCAUCUGGGCUUUUAUUGAUGCCAUCUCCCAAAGACCCAUUGCUAGAUUAAUUGACUACUAUCAAUUGCCCAUAGUGUAGAUUAAGAGGCGGCACGGUGGCGCAGCAGUAGAAUUGCUGCCUGACAGCAUCAGAGACUCUGUCUGUACAGAGUUUGUACGUUCUCCGGGUAUUUUUCUCCGGGUAUUCCGGUUUCCGUCCACACUCCAAAGGCGUACAGGUUCGUAGGUUAAUUGGCUUUGGUGAAAUUGCAAAUUGUAACUGGUGUGUAGGACGGUGCUAGUGCACCAGUUGACCGCUGGUCGGAGUGGACUUGGUGGACCGAAGGGCCUGUUUCCACACCGUAUCUCUAACGGUCUGAAAAAUCUACUGAAAGAGACUACCAAAGGUAUAAGUCCAGCGUGCGGGCCCCUCAGUGCUUGGUCACAGUCGUGGUCCAGCCAGUGUGUUCUGAAAACAACUUCAUCCAUUUAAUUUGUCUACAGCAAAGGGUAUUCUGUUUCAAUCUGAUCUUCGACUAAACUAGAAUUUUGAUAUUCAGUCCAACACUGAAGGCAACUGCAUAUUUAUGCACACUAAUGCUUGUAAAUGUACUGUUCUGAAGGUGCUCCAAACCCUGAGUUAAAAUGUUUCUUGUACCUCAGAAUAUAAUAAGUAGCAAGCUAUACACUGGAAAUUGGAGAUUUCCCAAUACAAUUGUGUUCUGACAUUAUAAUAUUUUAAUAAGGCCACAGUAUAAAUUUAUCAUGUUAUAUCAAAUAUAUAUAUAUAUCUAUAUAUGAUAAUGUCGAUGUUUUGUUAUUGUUGAAAUGUUUCUUCCUCUGUGAAAGGGGGGAGUGCCCCAGGCCUAAUCUGCUGAUAAGUGUGAUUUGUUUGUUGAAGUGGGUUCAAAAAUAAGCUGGUACAAUUGCAAUACUUUUCUUUUCCAUGCCAUUACAUCGAUAGGUUGCAAAGUUCUCCAUCAAAAAUAAAUUAGCCAGAGGAAGAUCCAGUCCACUUAUUCCUAAAGGUUGAAAGUUACUGCGAGUGACUCUAUACCACGGCUAACUUCACUUCUCUCCUUGAGUCUGUGGAUGAUGGAUUGAGGUUCAUAGACGGAAUUUACUCAAGAGACCUUGAUCCCAUUUUAGACAAGCCGAGCACAAUCAUUGUCCAGGAGGAAUAAAUGAACUCCCAAAUAUCUUAGCGAUGCCACAUCAUUCAAUUUUUAAAAAGCUUCAAUUAUUGAUCGCUCUUCAAUAAAUGCAGGUUGAUUAUAAUUUGGUUGGGGGGGGGUGUGGGAGUGGUUGACAACUAAAAUUUUAAAUUGGAAACUUCUAGGGCGGCGCGGUGGCACAGCAGUAGUAGUUGAUGCCUUACAGCGCCAGAGACCCGGGUUCGAUCCUGACCAUGGGUGCUGUCUGUAUGGAGUUUGCACGCACUCCCUGUGACCGCGCGGGUUUUCUCUGGGAUCUGCGGCUUCCUCCCUCGCUCCAAAGAUGUACACGUUUGUAGGCUAAUUGGCUUGGUGUAACAGGGAAAUUGUCCCAAGUGUGUGUAGGAUCGUGCUAGUGUGUGGGGAUCGAUGGUCAGUGCAGACUCGAUGGGCCGAAGGGCCCCAUUUCUACGCUGUAUCUCCAAACUAAACUUUCUCAAAACACUGAUGGUUUUUCGUUCUGUUUACGAGAUGAGAUUAGAGGCAUCUUUGAAGACAAAUUGAGUUUGAUUACCCUGAGCUAACAGAUUGUAACUGAGGGAUCGCUGGCAAUUAACCCAUGGGGCUUGGGUGAUGUAGUCAUUAAUCCCACUGCUUGAACUUAGGCAUUCAUUCAAGCUCGGUCACUCAAUGCUAUCAGUGUCCAGCAAUCAAAACAGACUCAAAAAGCUCGGGUCUUAUUUAUCGAGCAUCUCCUUAUCACAGCACACUGCACAUUAUCUGAAAAAUAACCAAGUUAUAAAAAUGUUUUUUGGUGCUGAUCUGAAGCGGAUAAAGAUACAAAUAGUUUGAUCCAGACUAAUGUGAGGGAAUUAAAUUGUGAGAUCCUCAGUUAUUAUUGUGUUGGCAUGUUUUACAGCAUAAACGUUUCCAAUGUGGUAAUGCGUUACUUGGUCAUAGUACACUAGUGUAAUCGUUCAUAGUGGUUCAGAAGCCCAUUUUGCUAAAAGUAGUUGUGUACACAUUGCAUCGUUUAACCUAAAGGACAAGUUAAAAUCUCUAUUAACUUCAGUCUUACCAUAUUUCCACACAAAAAUGGUCAUCCUUACAAUUCUGUGACUUAGGGUCGUUUGCAAGUGAUAGGAGCAGAAUUAGGCCAUUCAGCCCAUCAAGUCCCCUCUGCCAUUCAAUUGUUGGGUUGAUCUAUCUCUCCCUCUCAACCCCAUCUACAGAACAUCUUGUAAAAAUCAGACUGGGAGUCUGUGUACUCACAUAGUAUUACGAUCAUCAUAAACCUGUACUAACUGUGGGACUGCAUGCUGAUCUUUGUACUUGACACUAAUUUACACAGGUUGGCUCAAGAUGAAUACUCUUGGGUAAGUGGCUUCAAGUGUUUACCUAUCGAACUUUUACAAUUCUAAUUGCCUCCUCCUAUGGCAGAUCAACAACUCGUAUGGAUUGUCCUUUCUUUCCCCAUUUGCAAGUAAUCUUGUAUUGGCAAAAUAGAAAUAGCCUUCACUUCACUGAUAAUUAAUUAUCCUUCUCAGGAGGAUAACAGUAACAGCAGUAACUGAGUUGCCUGUGUGUGUUUCUCACUCCAGAUCUGUGGUAUAAAUGCAUGUCUUUAGUGACGUACUGAGGAGAACGUCCCCUGUGGCAUAGUCUGAUAGUAUUAAGCCACUUAAACCUAAAUAUUCCAGUUUCAAUAUCUGGACGUUUCACUCCCUAAAGGCACGAGUGAAUGUUGGGAUAAUUGAAGCUUUCAAGAAGAGAUCAAGAGGUUUUUGUCAGAUGAGGCCAUCAGAAGACACUGAGCUAAAACAGGUGGUUAAAACUGAUCCAAUUGCUUGUCCCAAGGAGUUGAAUGGCUUGUUCCUGCUCCUGUGUACCCUGGUCUGUACCGAAGAUGGAUACAAAAUGCUGGAGUAACACAGUGGGUCUUGCAGCAUCUCUGGAGAAAAGGAAUAGGUGAUGUUUCAGGGUCGGAACCCUUCUUCAGAGACUGAAAGAUAGAGAAGGUCAGAACAAAGCAGGGCAGCAACAGAUGACCUCUGGAAGGGGGGAGCCCAUAAUGUCCCACUGACAAAGAGUUGGAAUAGGGAGAGAUAUGAAGGCACAGAUGAGAAUUUUACCAGCAAACCAUUGCAUAAUCGGAAGCCAAUGUAGGUCAGAGAGCAGAGGACUGAAGAUGAAUGGAAGUCGGUGAGAGUAGUGCACAGGAGCAGAGUUUGGGAUGAAUUCUAGUGUACAGAGAAUAAAAUGGGCACUCCAUCCAAGCGAGGUCACACACAUUAGUCAUUAACUUUGAGCUUCAGGUCAGUGACUGCUAUUCUUCUCCCUGAAUCAGAUGGGCAUGAGUCCAAUCCAAAUUUCCAGCCAGUGUUAUGUUUGCAAACUAACAAGCAGAAGAUGACUAAUAGGCCUGAACAUGAUUAUUUAAGCCGAAGUUAGACACAAAAUGCUAGAAGUAACUCACGCAGCUUCUCUGGAGAAAAGGAAUAGGCGACCUUUCGGGUCGGGACUCCUCUUCAGACAGAUUAUUUAUCAUCAGUGGUUGCUCAUUAAGGCACCAGUUGGAAGAGCCAACGCCUUGCCGUGUUGUAUCCAAUGGAACAGCAAUGUCCACCUGGCACAAAUCCAGUGAGCUGUCGUAUCAGUUCCUCACAGGCUCAUUUUCAUCCCUAACUCUGAAGAUAAAUACAUGCAGACAAUGGUUUUUGGACCAAGGAAGAAGAUUUUAGUUUAGUUGAGAGAUGCAGUACGGAAUCAGGCCCUUUGGCCUACCCAGUUCAUGCCCACCAGCGAUCCCCGCACACCAACACUAUCCUACGCACUCUCCUAGGGACAAUGCACAAUUUUAACAAAAGCCAAUUAACCUACAAACCUGUACGUAUUUGGAGUGUGGGAGGAAACCCGUAGUCAGGAUCGAACCCGGGUCUCUGGUGUUGUCAGGCAGUAACUCUACCACUGCGCCACCAUGCUGCCCAUUUUACAUUGUAAUAUUAGUAGGAACAUGAAGUGUCCGUGUAGAGAUGCUGCAAGUCCGGCUGAGUUACUCCAACAUUUUAUGUCCUUGCAGAGAUCCCUUACAAGGUUCUGGCCUCUUCCUACCUCCAGUCCCUCCCCCUCUCCUCUACUUUCAGUCCGAAGAAGGGUUCCAACCCGAAACAUCACCAAUCCAUGUUCUCCAGAGAUGCCGCCCUGACCCGCUGAGUUACUCCAGCACUUUGAUCUCCUGCACAAGUUGCUCACCAAUUUGUCCAAUGGUGCAAACAUGCCCAUCAACACUGUUGCCUCUGGUCAAUACUCCUGAAGCACACCUGAAGCCAUUCUCAAGGAAAGAAAUGUGGGGAAGUUCUUCCCAAACUCCCCGAGACAAUCAACAAACUGGAGAGUUCACCAUGGGACAUCACUAGAUACCCCAUUCCAUGUCCCCAUAUGCUCCAAAGACACUGAGAAUAUAAAGAUUCCAAAAGACAUCUCAACAGUCGCAAACUUCAUCUCCCAUGUUAUCUUGUAGUCCUCAGCUAUCAGUAUUUAGACAGCACAGUGGAACAAUGGUAGAGUUGCUGCCUUACAGCGCCAGAGACCCGGACUCGAUCCUGACCACAGGUGCUGUCUGCAUGGAGUUUAUACGUUCUUCCUGUGACCACCUGGGUUUUCUCUGUUUGCUCCCAGUAUCCGCUCACACUAAAGAUGUACAGGUUUGUAGGUUAAUUGGCUUUGCUUACUUGUUUAAUUGUCCCGAGUGCACGUUGGUGAGUGUAUGAGGGUGAUCGCUGGUCAGCGCGGACUCAGUGGGCCAAAGAGCCCUGUUUCCACGCUGUGACUCUAAAGUCUAAAGUCAAAGGCGAUCAG